CCCCUCCCCUCAGCUCCCUCCUUCCCUCUCUCCGCCCGCCGUGAGGGCGGGAGGGCAGCGGCAGCCCCGAGCGGGAGGCGAGGGGAGGCGGCGCGCCGGGAGCCAUGCGGGAGUACAAGGUGGUGGUGCUGGGCUCGGGCGGCGUGGGCAAGUCCGCCCUCACCGUCCAGUUCGUGACGGGCUCCUUCAUUGAGAAGUAUGACCCCACCAUCGAGGACUUCUACCGCAAGGAGAUCGAGGUGGACUCCUCGCCGUCGGUGCUGGAGAUCCUGGACACGGCGGGCACCGAGCAGUUCGCCUCCAUGCGGGACCUCUACAUCAAGAACGGGCAGGGCUUCAUCCUAGUCUACAGCCUGGUGAACCAGCAGAGCUUCCAGGACAUCAAGCCCAUGCGGGACCAGAUCAUCCGGGUGAAGAGGUACGAGAGGGUGCCUAUGAUCCUGGUGGGCAACAAGGUGGACCUGGAAGGCGAGCGGGAGGUCUCCUUCGGGGAGGGCAAAGCCCUGGCCGAGGAGUGGAGCUGCCCCUUCAUGGAGACCUCGGCCAAAAACAAAGCCUCGGUGGACGAGCUCUUCGCGGAGAUCGUCAGGCAGAUGAACUACGCCUCGCAGCCCAACGGGGACGAGCAGUGCUGCUCCUCCUGCGCCAUCCUCUGAGGGCGGCGGCGGGCCGGGGGCUGGCGGCGGGGACACGGCCGGCGGGAGCGGCGGGGGGAGCCGGCGGCAGCGACUGGGCGGCCCGGGCGGGGCGGCGGCACCCGCCGGCCCCAGGCGCGUACACACACCGCGAAGGACACACAGAGAGAAAAACAAAAAAAAACAAAAAAAAAAAACCAAACAAAAAAAAAAACCAAAACCAAAAAAAAAAAAAAAAAGAGAAAAACAAAAAAGAAAAAAAAAAAUCUCAUCAAUCAUCAUCGUCGUGUUGGGAACGUGGCUUUUUUCGGCAUGUACGUUUCGUCCCGUCUUGGUCGUGGCGUAUCUCCCGCCGGGGUCCGCCCGGCGCGGGGCAGGAGGGCUGCGGCCGGCAGCGCCCGGAGGAGCGGGGCCCCGCCGGGACAGGCGCGGGGGGCCGGGCGGGAGCGGGCCCCGCCGCCCCGCCGAUCUCUAUGCAAAGCUGGGCGGCUGCGCCGGGGCGGCCGGCCGGGGGAGUUGCACAUCUGAACUGGGAACUGUAACUCUGGUGCCAGUGCAG